AUGUAUCGACAGAUCCUACUCCACCCGAAUGACCGCCCAUACCAGCGUAUUCUGUGGCGCUAUAAACCAGAAGAUCCCGUUUCGACGUAUGAGCUGCAAACCGUGACGUAUGGCUUUACGUCUUCUCCGUUCUUGGCGACCCGUACGCUGAUUCAAGUUGCAACUGACAACAAAGAAAAGUAUCCAGGAGCCGCUGCAACAUUCCGGAGUGAUUUUUAUGUGGAUGACCUACUAUCUGGUGCGGACACAGUAGAAUCCGCAAUCCAACUCAGACGUGACCUGUCGGCGAUGCUGGCUGAAGCUGGUUUCCCGUUGAAAAAGUGGGCGUCGAACACACCCGAAGUUCUUGUCGGAGUACCCCCAGAGGAUUUAGCCGUUGCUCCAGUUGUAGAUCUCCACGAUGAGCCAUCGGUUUCUACCUUAGGACUCACCUGGGAACCGAGGAAUGACACCUUUCGCUUUAAAGUACAGAUGCCACUUCCCGCUUCCGUGCUAACAAAAAGAUUGAUUAUGUCGUAUAUUGCCAGAAUAUUCGACCCACUAGGGUUAGUAGGCCCUAUCAUUACGGUUGCCAAGCUGUUCAUGCAGCGCCUGUGGGCAUUGAAAAUGCAUGAUGGCAAUUCUUACGAAUGGGAUCGUCCGCUUCCUUCUCGACUGCAGUCAGAAUGGAAGCAAUUCCAUGGAACAUUAGACGUCAUCACUAAUGUUCGUAUACCACGCUUUGUAUCCUUGGUCAACGCGGCGACUAUCCAACUUCAUUUCUUCUCCGAUGCGUCGGAAAAGGCUUACGGAGCCUGCUGCUACGUGCGAUCUGAAUCCGCUGGAAUAGUUCGGGUUCACCUGUUGACGUCGAAAUCCAAAGUAGUUCAUUUAUCGAAACCGCAAACUAUUCCCCGUUUGGAGUUGUGCGCCGCUAGUUUAUCCGCUAGCCUGUUCAAGAAGGUAGAACAUUCGCUGAAGAUAUCGCACAGUGCACAAGUUUAUUUCUGGACAGACUCGUUGACCGUCCUCCAGUGGCUACGCUGCAGUCCCUCUCGUUGGAAAACCUUCGUAGCCAAUCGAGUGUCGUCGAUUCAGGCUACCACCGAAGCCUACACCUGGAAUCACGUUGCAGGGAUGUGUAAUCCAGCUGACGCUAUAUCCCGGGGCGUAAAUCCAUCCGAAAUUCUUGAUCAUCCGCUCUGGUGGCACGGUCCUCAGUGGUUAUCCCUGCCACCAACACAAUGGCCUGUCACAGACCUACCAGCUCCGAAUCCUAUCGUAAUGCCAGAAGCACGAAGUAACGUCGUCGCCAUACCGGUAGUAAGUACCGACAAGCCCUUCGCUGAGGAACUCUUUAGUCGAUUCUCCAGCUUUACAAAACUUCGCCGUACCAUCGCAUACUGCAUGCGAUAUUUUCGCGCACUUCGAGCGUGCAAACAACAAACCAAACUAGAUCCAUUUGAAACGUUAUCCACCGUUGAUCUGCAAGAAGCAGAUAUAGCAUUAUGUCGCCUGGCACAGCGUGAAAUGUUCCCGAAUGAAUUAGCAAACCUCAGUUCAAACAAACGUGUUUCACAAUCUUCACCACUAACAUGGUUAAAUCCAAUCCUGACUAAAGAAGGCAUCAUACGGGUUGGUGGUAGACUCAGUAAUGCCAAUAUUCCAGACGACGCCAAGCACCCGAUUGUACUCCGAGCAAACCACAGAUUGUCAAUGCUUAUAGUUGAAUUCUACCAUCGAAGUCUACUACAUGCCGGCCCGCAGCUGACUCUUGCCACGAUCCGCCAAAGGUUUUGGCUUCUAAAUGGUCGCAAUCUUGUCCGACGUGUGUAUCACCAGUGUCAUACCUGCUUCCGAUGUAGGCCAACGUUAGUACAACAAAGUAUGGCCGACUUGCCGUCAUCCCGAGUGACGCCCGCCAGACCAUUCUCCGUUAGCGGGAUCGAUUAUUGUGGCCCCGUAUACUUGAAAUCACCAGUCCGAAAUCGAGCUCCAGUGAAAGCAUAUAUUGCCAUUUUUGUGUGCUUUGCGACACGUGCCGUACACAUUGAACUCGUCUCCGAUCUGUCCACCCAAGCGUUUUUAGCCGCUCUACGCCGUUUCGUUGCCCGGCGUGGUAAACCGUGUGAGAUUCACAGCGACAACGGCACCGCAUUUAAGGGAGCAGCAAAUGAACUUCAUCGAAUCUUCGAGAUGUGGAAGGUUAAUCUGAAAGACCGAAGGCAAUUGGUCCUUCGAACCGGAUCGGAGGGACCCCCGACCAGAAGGACCCGCGCAGUGAGUACACCAGUUCAUUUUGUGGCAAAGUGA